AUGCUUAUUGGAGUGUGUGGAGGAAUCUGCGCGGGCAAGUCCGAGAUAGCUUCGUGCCUCAUCGACGAGUACAACUUCACCCGCCUACGCCUGGCAGGUCCUUCUGCAAAGCCCGACAAUGACCAGUCCGCCUCGACGCAGCCUGUUGUAGAUGCUCAGUACACGUUCCAGGAUGUCGAGUCGCUGCUCGACUUUGUUACGCUAAGGUGGAGGGAACGAUGGGUCACAACCGACAUAUGGGAUGCCUCUGUCGUCGACGCCCUGCUGAAGAGGCCUUUCUUUUUACUUGUCAGUGUCGAUGCUCCCGUCAAAGUGCGGUGGCAGCGGUACCAUGAUCGGUGCACAGCAAACAACACUACUCCGCCGUCCAUCCUCGACUUUGUCGCCCAGAACGAUGAUCAUCAGUUUGCUCCAAACACAGGCCUGAGUGGGCUGUCCUACCGAGCACAGCUCAAUCUACUCAAUAGUACCACAUCGAUAGACUCUCUGCGCGCUGCCAUACGCGCCCUCGACCUCACCGAUGAAGCCCGCCUGCGUCCAAGUUGGGACCAAUACUUCAUGCAGCUGGCCGACCUGGCAGCACUGCGGAGCAACUGCAUGAAAAGGAGAGUCGGUUGCUGCAUAGUUCGAGAGAAGCGUGUGAUAAGCACUGGAUACAAUGGUACGCCACGUGGCAUGACCAACUGCAACGAGGGCGGAUGCCCUCGUUGCAACAAUGCUGCAAAAGGAGGCUCUGGUCUCUCCACGUGCCUCUGUCUUCACGCUGAAGAGAAUGCCCUGCUCGAAGCAGGCCGUGACCGUAUCGGCGGCAGCGCUAUCCUCUACUGCAAUACAUGUCCCUGUCUGACAUGCAGCGUCAAGAUCACCCAGGUCGGUAUAACUGAGGUCGUAUACAAUCAAGGCUACUUGGUCGACGAUCAGACGGCCAAGAUAUUCGCCGAGAGUGGUGUCAAGCUGCGGCAAUUUUCUCCGCCCACUGGUGGCUUGGUUGAUUUGGGAAUAGGGUUUGCUGGCAAAAGAUAA